CUCCCAUGUCAACGGAACGCACGUUCGUAGUCGACAAGUGCCGCCGGCUUGGGGUUCUUCUUUGGAAAGUGCUGGCUAAGCGGCAUCGGUCUAAAAUUUGAAUCUUUCCCGAGCUCUGAUAGCGGACGGACCGGUUCUUUACCCCCGAGCUGUUCAAGAUAUCUGAGCGCGCAAUCAGUAUGUCUUGUGGAUUCGUAGUUUGCGGACCGAAUACCGCUCUCGUCGUUUCAGGAUGCUGUCACUCCCAACCCUCGAUGAUCCCUGGAGGACGAGUAUUCGUGUGGCCCCUGAUUCAGAGAGUUCAGCGUAUUUCACUGAAUACGAUGACGCUCUCGAUCGACUCGCAGAGAGUUUAUACGCAGCAAGGAGUGCCCAUAUCGGUGACGGGCAUCGCGCAGGUCAAGAUACAAGGUCAGAAUGUUGAGAUGCUCAGAGCUGCUUGCGAACAAUUCCUCGGCAAAACCGACGAUGAAAUCAUGUCUAUAGCGCGAGAGACCCUGGAAGGACAUCAGCGAGCUAUAAUGGGCACAAUGACCGUCGAAGAGAUCUACAAGGACCGCAAAAAAUUCUCGAAGCAGGUCUUCGAAGUGGCAUCGUCGGAUCUGGUAAACAUGGGUAUCACCGUCGUGUCGUAUACCAUCAAGGAUAUAGCGGACGAAGGCGGUUAUCUGAAAGCACUCGGCAUGGCUCGAACAGCGCAGGUUAAGAGAGAUGCUCGGAUGGGGGAGGCAGAAGCGAGGAGGGAUGCACGCAUAAAGGAGGCUCUAGCCGAAGAGGAACGCUUGGCCGCAAAGUUCGUGAAUCAAAUAGAAGUAGCGAAGUCGAAGCGCGACUUUGAACUUAAGAAAGCGACCUACGAUCAAGAAGUGCACACCAGGAAGGCCGACGCCGAGCUCUCAUACACACUGCAGGCCGCUAAGACGAGGCAGCGGAUCAAGGAAGAACAAAUGCAGGUCAAAGUGGUCGAGAGGACUCAGGCCAUUCAGGUUCAAGAGCAGGAGAUUCUGAGGAAGGAAAGAGAACUCGAAGCCACGGUGAGGAGACCCGCAGAAGCCGAAAAGUACCGACUGGAAAAAAUAGCCGAAGCAAACAAGAACCGAGUCGUCCUCGAAGCUGAAGCCGAAGCAGAAGCCAUAAGGCUGAAAGGUCUGGCUGAGGCCUACGCUAUCGACGUGAGAGCCAAAGCCGAGGCAGAGCAACUCGUCAAGAGAGCCGACGCUUUCCGUGAGUAUAAAGACGCGGCAGUUUUAGAGAUGAUGCUCGAUACCUUGCCCAAGGUCGCUGCCGAAGUCGCCGCUCCCAUAUCCCAAGUGAAUAGAGUGGUCAUGGUGUCAGGCAACAAAGGGGAUAUCGGAGCCUCAAAACUCACUGGUGAAGUCAUUGACAUCAUAACGAAGACCACUACCAUGAUGCAUCAACUGACGGGAGUGAAAGUUGGAGCGCCGCAGACCUCCUCACUCAGCUUGGCCGCGGCCACCAGCCAGCUCAGCCAGGCUGCCGUGUAGGCUCUAUACACGUGCGCGUCUACGGAAGCGGGUCGAUACCGAUCGAAAGAGCUUUUUUUUAAUCGAGGACGCCCGGAAGUGACGAGAUGGACGAGCAUUUCUAGAGUGAUAAGGAGCACGUA